AAAAUGUUUUGUUUUAGUAAAUUUUAUAAAACCUAUCACCCAAACCAUCUUGUUUUUAUCUGCUGACUAGAUGGCGCCUUAUUUAGUUUUAUAUUUACUUUUAAUUUGCAUAUAUCAAUGCUUCUUGAGCCGUCAAUUCCAAGUCAAAUGCACAUUUUACAAAUUUUUACAGCUUGCACCUUGGUUGUCCCCAGUGUGUGUAUAUGUGGGAGUGUUUUAGGGCUGGGCGGUAUAUCGGUUUAAUGAGGUAUACUGAUAUAAUUUCAAUACAGAUAUAAAAUGAGACAACACCGUUUAUACCGAUAUUGUUUGAUGUUGAGUCAAUAAAUGUGUUUCCUGCCAGCGUCUCUUUUCCUCACCGCGCAGCCCCGCCCCUCCCUCUGCAUCUGCACGCAGCUGUCUACUCUCAAACUCUCUGACAACAUGGAGGGAGACACAGUGCCGGUCGACACUGCUGAAGACCUGGCUUGUAAAACGAAAAACAACGGUUCAGUCAAUGUUUCCCACACGUACACUUUAUUUUGGUUGGCCACCCAGGGUGAGCGACACAUUCUAGCAUUUUUCAGAGAAACACAGAGUUAUACGUUACAAUUUGCACCACAAUGGAUAUUUUAUAAGCGCGGAACAGGUAAAGCGAAAGUUAACACACCAGUCAGAUGUCAUUCGUUAGCUGCCACGUUGUUUUUGUUUUGAUAGGCUAUGUCGUUAACACGCUUCCUCAACAUGCGGCACAGCUGCUGCUGUGAACAGAACAGCGGGUGGAAAAGUCCAGAAAACAUGUUUGUUUUUUUGUUUUUGUUUUCGGCGACUUUAUACAAUGUAGCCUACUAGUGAUGGAGAAAGUCACCGGCGCAGACAUAUAAGGAGGGAGAGGUGGAAAGAAGCGGGGCACGCUUAUGUGUUUGCAACAGAGGUACUUUAGUUAGGUCUGUGAGUGUGAAAAGAACUGAAGGAGGCCACUAGCCCACUUAGCAGAAAAUACCGAACAGCACCGUGAUAUGACUUUUUGGUCCAUAUCGCCCAGCCCUAGAGUGUUUGUGUUGUUUGGUAUGAAAAACACAGUGUCAUAAAGGUGAAUACUUGCCCAGCCAGGUCCUCUGCAUUUUAAAUAUAUGAUCUGACAUUGCGUUAUAAUUACCCUUAGUUUCGCAGAAGGAGAAGCAGCGUUGAUGGAAAUAUUUAAAAAAGAAUUUGACAUAAACAACGGUGGUCCAGGAAUUGUUUUUGUCCUAUGUGAAAUCCACACAAGACUUAUUUUAGCUAUUUCUAGCACAAUCCUAAAUGUCUUACAAAGAUGUCAUUUGGUGGUGGUGUUAUGACACAUAAUAGGUAUUUGUAGACAAGAUAUAAUAAUAUAACCAUCUGUUUGUAUUUUGACUUGAUCAAAUUUAGGACUUCUGAAACUUUGAAAUAUCUCAGGAAUCCCUAAGUUUCACAAUAGUAUCAGCAGGAAUAGAAAAAACUGAACAGUAAGCAUUAAAGAAAUUGCCCACUAGGGCUACUUAUUGUAGCAGAGAUGACUCCAUUCCAUCACUUUCAAAUGAUCUUAACAGUUAACCCAUACAGUGCUUAUAGAUGGGGGGGGAUAUUUUUUCCCAAAACUUGUGCAUCAAGGAAUUUGUCUCUUCAAGAUCUACGUCCACUGACUUUACUGUUUCAAGUCUCCUAAUAAUUCAACGCCCCAAGAUGUUUUUCUCCAAAGCACCUUGCUUCUGCAACAAACCCAGGUAAGAAUGUGGCCUUAAAUUCUAUUAUUUUUCUAUCAAAACAAAAACAUUUGUUAAGCGGUGUUACAUAUCUGAUAAUGUAGUCAUUUAGUUUAAUUACAACUUUAGUUUGUAUUUUAUGAAGCUGGAACAACUGUGUGGUAAUGAAUAGGUUUAAAAGUUAAAUUAUACCUAUAAUGUAUUAAGAAUUAAAGGGCCACGUUGCUUACUUUCAACCUGCACUGUAUUCUCAUGGGGUCAAAAUAUGAAAAAAAAAUAUCUCCACUGAGCUCUGUGUUAUGAGAUCUUACUGCCUGUCUCUGUUGUUAUCUGGAUGCCAUAAGAUGCUCUUUGCUCUAAUUACCCGCUCCUGUUAGCAGCUUAAGUGAAGCUAGUUUAUUGUAUCAACCAAAACAUUUUUUUAAAUGGCUCUUUAAUAUAUAUGCAUGUGUAAUUGUGCAUUGGAAAGUUGGACCUAAUGCUGGUCAUUCACCAUUAUAUAUUCAUUAUAUUGUGUGCACAUUAGAGACUGUGGUAUCAUCUUUCCUUGCAGUGAACAAACCAAUGGAAGAAGACACUGAACACAUGAAGUGUUAGGACAAGAAGAACCCUUUGAAGCAGGCCUGUACUAUUGGUGAGACGAGGUCAUUUGAAGGAGAAAGGAGCUUGAUUGAAGAGAGAAGUUCGAGUGAUGCUCUUAGGUUGACUUCUAACCUUGAAAGUGCAAGAAAUGAAGAGGGUACUCCAAGAGUAAGAGAGAAUAUCCCACAAGAUUUGGAUGGUCCAAAAGAUGGCGAAAAAAUGCCAAGCUGCCCUGCCAGUACAAACACGGAGCAUAUGAGAGUAAAGGAACAUGAUAAUUUCCAAACAGGUGGGAAGGAUAUAACUGAAUCCACAAACACUGCUUGUGAUUCAGCUACCAAGCAGGAAAGUCAUGGAAAGGAAGACCAGACGCAAGCACAGGAAGACAAGAUGUCAGACAAAACAAAAGGUGGUUUAUCAAGUAAAAUGAGAUUGAACUUUGAUAAUUCAAAUCCAACCAGAAAUGCAGAAGGGAUUUUUACAAGAAACUAUGACCUAACAGAACAAAAGCAAAUAGCUAACGAACACAGUUCCCCCAGGGAAGCAAAUGACUCAAGUGAGGAGGCAGAGGUGGCGGGUCAGUCAGAUAAUACAGAUCAAGUUCUGUUUGAGUCGGGCACAAAGGAGAUUGCUAAAACGCGAUCACGGCGCCGCAGGAAAACUGUGGAGAGCAUACAACCAACACGAUCCAGUUUAAGGACCUGUAAGAAAGUGCUGGAAAUAAAACCUAGCAUAGCAAAUGAUGACAAAAAAGAGUCAUGCAAAAAGCACUUCUGUUUAUAUUGCAAAAUGGCUUUCACCCAACUUGCAAAGCAUUUGGAAAGGAAACAUGCAGAGGAAACAGAUGUUGCCCAUGCAAUACAUUUUCCCAAAGGUUCCAAAGUGAGACAGACUUUGCUUGACCAAAUUCGCAAUAAAGGGGAUUAUGAACAUAAUUGCCAAGUUCUCAAAAAUGGCGAGGGGGAAAUUGUGACCAAGAAACAGGUGAAAAAUCCCAGCAUAUCUGUUCGUGACUUCCUGCCUUGCCAGCACUGCUUUGCCUUUUAUCGUAAAACUGAUUUAUGGAGACAUGAGCGAUCAUGUAAGGCCAGAAAGGGAGAUCAGAAAUCCUCUGAAAAGACAAAAAGAAGUGUUCACAGUGCUGCCUCUCGGCUCCUUCCAAUGUCAGAGUUCUUAACUGGAGGCUGCGAGGAAAUCAUUCACAUCAUGCAUCAAGAUGACAUCUCGAGGCAUAUCAGAACUGACCCACUUAUUUGUAAAUUCGGCAAUGCGUUGUCUGCUAAGUAUGACCAUGACAAGUCUCAGUUUGCUUAUAUUGCACAAAAGAUGAGGGAACUGGGUAGAUUUGUAGUUGCUGUAAAUGAGCUUGACAAGAGUGUGAAGUACUUGCAUGAAAUAUGUCUACCAUCCAGAUUUGAAUUAGCUGUUGAAGGGGCCAAAAAAGUUAGUGGUUUUGAUCCCAGUUCCAGUAAGUUUAAAACCGUUUCCCUUGUCUCAAAGAUCGGCUACUCUUUGAAGCGGGCUGCAGAAAUAGCUUUUGGGGAAAGUCGUAUGACAGAGGACAGUGAAACUGAAAGUGAAGUGAAAAAGUUCAUACAACUUCUUGAUACAAAAUGGAAUGAAUGUUUUUCUCGCAAAGCUCUUGCAUUAUCUCUAAAGCAAGAGGUCAAGAAAGUGGAAGUAGACAAAUCAACUGUGACAGAAGAUUUAAUAAAACUCCACAGGUUUAUCUCAGGGGAAGAAGAUGAAGCCAGAAAGGAGCUGAAAGAAAGUCCAAGUUUGUCAACAUGGAAAAAACUCAGCGAGGCCACUCUAGCAGAUGUGUGUUUGUUUAACAGAGGACGGGUAGGAAAUAUUGGUAGAAUGCUCUUGCAAACUUACAGUGUCAAAAAGAGUAGGGGAACAUUUGUGCCCUCUGCAGAUCAAAUAAGAAAAAGCACAAAAUUGGAGCUGGACCUUGGUGCGAGCCUCACCAGGUUGGAACUAGAGGGUCAGUAUGGAAGAAACAUGCUGGUUCUGCUAACAGAUAGGAUGGUUUUGUCAAUUGACUUACUCAUUGAAAAUCGAGAACAAGCAGGUGUGUCAAAAACUAACCCAUACCUGUUUGCACGGACUGAAGGUCCAUCCUUCAUCAGAGGAUUGGAUUGUUUCCGAAGGGCUGCAAUGGAAUGUGGAGUUAAAAACCCAGAAGCACUUCUGUCUUCGUCAUUAAGAGAGCAAAUUGCCAGCUGCUGGCAACUAAUGAGCCUCAGUGAACGUGAAUUGGAUCAAGUGGCCCAGUUAGUGGGAAGGAGCAGCCAGGAAUGUUACAGUCUCUCAAAAAAUGCAUUACAACUGGAGGAAGUGAGCAAACAACUUCUCAAGAUGGAUCGAACACUGCCAUCAAGUCCACCAACCACUGCAAGAGAUGGAACUGUACAGAAGCCUGCUUUAAAGAGAAGGCCUUGGAGUGAGAGGGAGCAGGCUGCAGUGAAGCGUUACCUGAGUGAAUUUAUCACUGGGAUGAAGGUUCCAGGCAAAAAGGAGUGCAAUGCUUGCAUAGCUGCUGAACCAGAUCUUGGUGGAAGAUCUUGGACAGAUGUCAAAAACUAUGUACACAACACACUACAGACAAUACGGAGGAGAAAUAACCAGCAAAAGUCUGAAGGGAAUAGAAAUGAGAGUCCAAAAUCCGGAGUCCAAACCACAAAGAAAGAUUUAGAAGAUGCAAAUGUUAUCUGUACUAUGACAACAGUGCAACCUGAUCUCCUAACUGAAAGUUCAAAUUGUUGUAUGACAAUGGCUCCACUAACCAACUUGAGAGAAUCAACACCAUUCCCACAAGAGAUGACUUCAAGUUAUGCAUCCUUGUGUUCUACUAGUACAAAUAUGAUGCAUAUGAGUCAACCAUUGAUUUCUACUUUCACGGCAUUGAAUGCUACUGAUACACAAGUAGUUCCCACAUUUACUCCACACAACACUACAAAUGCAUUAAUGCCUCCUGUAUACACAUCAGAGAACAACAUACUAAUGCCAAUGUCUCCUUCUUAUACACAGAACGCUACAAAUAUGUCCUCUGUGUAUACACCACAGGACACUACAAAUUCACUUAUGAUUCCCAAUUUUAGCACUCUUACUGCUCCAAGCACCUCAAUGGUUCCUACUUUCACGCCAUUGACUACUGCAAGUGCAUCAAUGAUGCCUGCAUUCUCACCACUAAAUGACAGAAGUAGGCCGAUCAUUUCUUCAUUCACACCUCUGAACCACUCAAGUACAGCAGCUUACCCCACAAGCCCACCACCUAGGGCUCCUACAACUGCACAGGUUGUCCCAACAAUCCAUAGACCAAGUGUUCCUGACAGAACAUCAGUUGUACAGGAAAGUACAUCUGUGUCCACUGCAGGAAAACGAGGCACUCCCGCUGUCAAGCCUCAAAAGAGAAACAAGAGGUUGUGGAGUGAGGAGGAACAGGCAGCGGUUAGGCGUCAGCUUGGAGACUUCGGGAAACUAGUGAAAGUUCCAGGCAAAAAGGAUUGUGAUGCAUGUUUAGCUGCUGAACCUGCCUUGAACAGCAGAACAUGGAGGGAAGUCAAAUAUUAUGUACAUAACUCAAUUCAGUCAAUGAAAAGAAGAGGGCAUAUAGUAGCCUCCAAACAAAGUGGAGGACAUGAACCAGAGACCCACAGUCCAAACACAGAGUGGGAUGGUCCCGUUUAUCUGUCCCUGUGAAUAUUUGCAAAAGACUUGAUAGAAAACAAUAAGUGAUCAGUGAGAUUUUAGAAGUUUGUGAUGCUGUGGCUUAAACCUCAAAUUAAAUGGAGGUUAAGAAUUCAGCAGAUGUGUUUUGUUGUGAAAUGUACUGUUUGAACCCUGGUCUCAGUAGACAUGCAGAUGUAGACAAUGAUUACAGACUGCCCUGCCAUUCUUUUAGUUACACUUUCUAAAAGGUUUGUGAAGUAUUCAGAGUCAAGUUUGGUGGAACAAGCUAUUGGUAUGCGGUUGCAUGAAUAUACACUAAAUAGGUGGAAUUAAGGAUGUUUGUACUGUAGCUUUGGCUCAGAAAAAGCAGACCAUGUUUAAUAUGGUUAGACUGUAUAGAAGUAUGUAACACAGUCAAAUAUGUAAUACUGUCAAUUUGUCAAAUCAUCACAGGUUAUCUCUAGAAAGUGUUAGAUGUGUGAUCAUUUAGUAAAUGUGAACCUCAUUUUCCCAGGAUUUGCAACUUGCCACCAGUCAUGGGUCUGUGGCAAGUAGCCACUGUGGCACCCAAACACACUUUCACAAUUUCAAUCACAAUAUUUGUGAAAAUAGUGAAAGCAAUGGCUGAAUUGUUUGGGACUCCCCAGCCAUCAUGACCAGGGCAUUUGCCAUCCUGCACUGAGCAAAGGUAGCCUCAGAGACUGUACAUUUCAAGAGGGAUUUUUACUCUUCUUUAAAACCUUCUUGGACAUCUAUCUUUCUGCCUGUACUGUUUUCAGUAGCAUUUUUAUGAGUUUUGAAUAGAAAGAAAGAAAUAGAAAACCUACCAGCAAACCUUUGCAGCCAGUCCCUCCAAAAUGAUAGAUAUGCAUUGACUUGCUUUACAUAAUUCCCAAAUGUCUGCCCCAAGUGUAAGAUAUUCUUGCUUUAGCCAGUAGCCUAUAUUGUAGAUGGCCCCUGAUAGCCUGCAGCAGUAAUGGCAUACCGUCCUUGCUGAUGUUAGAGAACUAGGAGCUUGUGUGUAUACCUCUCACUUUAAUAUUAAAAACUUUUUUUUCUUUUAGGAUCUUGUUGAUAAAUGUUUAAUUUUUUUUCCAUGUGUAUUAAUAAGCUCACAAAGGUUUUCGUUGUAUUUUUGUAUCACUAUACAGUAACUGUGUAGAUUAUUUUAGUACUUUAUCGUAUUUGAUGUACUCUAAUUUGAUGCAAAAACACUGCGUUGGUCUCAUUUGUAUUACUUUGUUUUAAGCUUUUAUUAUCUGGAUGUUUGUAACAUUAAUAUCCAGUUGCCAAGAUCACAUUGCCGCCUUAUGCCGAUUAUUUGCUUCAUUGCAUUUUUUUCCAAUUCAUGAUGAUUGCUUCUAAAACACUAAGUAUGAUCCUGAUGCAUUUGGUGAACUGUUAAUCACAGCUAACCACCUUGGCCAGUAAACCCACACUUCAGGAUUUGAUUUGUUCUUUUCUUUCUGUUUUUAGAAAAUGAACCAAACCAAAUGAAAAUGAUAUUCAUUUGCAUUUUUGAAUAUAAAGGGAAUGGCAUUCAUUGAUGGAAUCUUGAGUAUUAGAAGGAAUGGUAUGUUUUUUUUGCCUUUGUUGUGCAAAAAAUGUUAAUUCAAUUCAGAUUGUUCAAGUAUUAUCACCUUUUAACUGAAAAUGCAGUUUAGUAAUUACAAAAGAAUUACACAUUUCAUCUUAAGCAGAACUUAAGAUUUGUCAGUGUCGCAUACAAAUCUUGUUGAAGGUUUAAAACAUAAUAUUGGUUUAUGUUCAGCCUGCAUUUACCAAUGGCAGACUGCUGGUCUGCCUUUGUGACUGUAGUCCUGGUUUAACAAUGUUGUCACAUGUCAGAAAUGGUCAUUGCGGUCAGUGUUUAUUUUGCACUGGAUAUUCAACAUGGAGUGUGGACCAUCUGUUGUAUGGUCGGGUCAGUCAGCUUUGUAGAUGUCUUCAUUAGGACACCUGAAAAAGAAAUUUGACAACAUUCAAUCUUAAGUAAUUUUCACAAUUGUUUUUGUGACCAAACAGGACAGAGUGUAUUAAGAGGUCCAGAUAGCACUGUUUUUAUUUGUCACGAACAAAGAUUUUGUGUUAUCCUCAUUAGCAGCUGUGGUGAACGUGUGUAGAGAAAUCAGUGUUCAUCCUUUGGUACCAAAGCUGUUGGUGUCAGACAUGCAUAAAAUUCUGACUCUGAGCAGGGUUGCAGACCCAGGUCACAUAACUCUGGUUAACUCAUUCACACCAACGGCAAAUAGGUUUUUCACACAUUGUUGCUUUCUUUGUGAAAGGGGUAUAUCUGCAUUGCAGUAUAUACAGUAGUCAGUGUUACACCCCAGAUACAGUUGUGUUCGGAAAAUAAACAUGUUCAAUGUCUACUAAUGGUAUAUGAUUAUUCAGACACUACAGUUGCUAUUUUCCCCUGUAUAGUAGAUAGUUUUCUUUCAUUGCUACUAUAUACGCACACAGUGCGUGUUACUCUACAUCCUGUUGUAAUUAUGUUGCCUUCAGUUUAAUACUUACAAGUAUUGUAAGGAACUUGUAACUCUUGCUUGUACAAUAAAAUGCUUUUUGGUUUACAA